ACGCCAGUUGUUGACCAUUUCAUCAAGUUGCAGCUGCAGCAGUUGUUUCGCAAAAACAAAAACCGUUUUACUUUUUCAACCUAGUUUAAAAAUCGGCGAUUUUCUUCCCGUCCGUCCUCAGUCUACGUUAUCUCGUAAUCCCGCGACUUUCGAUAAUACCACCGUUCGAUUUUAAAAGUCUUCGACCUGAAUGGCAUUUCAUUCCAGUCGCUGGUGCAUCUAGUCGACUGGUCGCGUGUCUGUGUGUGAGUGCAACACAAAGAAAACGCCAAAAUUCGCACACUUCGACCCCAAAAAAGAUGUUGCGAGUUGAAAGUAACACGAAACUUGAGGGAUUCACCGAGUUUGAGGAAGACAUCCUCUUCGACGAGGACGAUCCCGAUUUUCAGGCCGUUCCUCUGAUGCUAGUUCGCAAAAACAUGUCUUUGGCGAGUGUUCAUCCAGCUGGACUCCAUUCCAACCACAGUUCUCUAGCGCAUAGUUUGGACGAUUUGCGGGAGGGCCCCCAAGUGCUGACAAUCGAAGAACUGCGCCUCCAGAUGACCACCUGUUUCACGUGUGGCGUGUCUUGGAGUGAUAGUCACGUUUCGCUCGAUUGCGCGGAGUGCGGGGGCUACGCCCUCGAGCGGCCGUGUCCCGAGUGCGAAGGGGGCUGUGGGGCUGUCUGGAAGCGCGACUUGAGCAUGUCGCAUGCGAGCAGUAAAGCCCGCUGGCAGGGGAAGUGCGAGAAAAAAGACAAAGGGACUAAUUCAUGACGCCAUUUUACGCUGUAAUGGCUUCUUUCUAAUAUAAUUAAACAGGGUGUACUGAUUAUUUAUUGGGGAAGGCACCCCAUGUUUAGUUAUAUUUUUUCGACUGAAUCUUGGCGCAAAAUUUCAAACAUCACCUAGAAUUCAGCUGUUAGGUGUGGUCUCGCUUUGUUUUAUAUUAAAACUAAAUUGAUAUGGAUUUAGGCAAAUUGUACUUGAAUGGAGCGUUGAUAUUAAUAGAUUUUAUCCAAAUAAAUUACAUUUCUUUUUCUAUGACUGAUGUAAUGUAAGGUCUUAAAUUAAUUAAAUAAACUUGCCUAGUAUUA